GCUCACUACGUUCUGCCGUCAUCAGGGUCAGGCAGGCUGAUGGGAUGUAUACUUACAAACUCACUCAGCUUUAGAGAUCUCCGGCAGGUGCUGCAGUGUUGUUAGAAGACAGGAAAGCAGAACAUCUACUGAAAGAUGCCUGGACGGAGACGAGGCCGAGGCAGCAACGCUCAGCAGCAACAGGCUCCUCAGAGGCAGAGAGGAGGCCCCCGCGGGGCUCUGAAGGAGCCGGCUCCUUUUGCCAAGUCGACGGGCUGUGAGUCGGAGGUUCCUCAUGAAAAGUUGACCAUCGCACAAGCACGGAGGGGAACACCAGCUCAUCGCCCGGUGCGGGUCUACGCAGAUGGGAUAUUUGAUCUUUUCCAUUCAGGCCAUGCUCGAGCUCUAAUGCAGGCCAAGAAUGUGUUCCCCAACACACACCUGAUAGUAGGAGUCUGCAGUGAUGAACUCACUCACAAGUUUAAAGGCUAUACAGUGAUGACAGAAGCUGAACGCUACGACGCCCUUACGCACUGCCGUUAUGUCGAUGAGGUGGUGCGGGACGCUCCCUGGACGCUAACCACAGAGUUCCUUAAGAAACACAAGAUUGACUUUGUGGCCCACGAUGACAUCCCUUACACUUCCGCUGGAUCAGAGGACGUCUACAAACAUAUCAAGGAAGCAGGGAUGUUUGUGGCUACUCAGAGGACAGAAGGCAUCUCCACAUCUGAUCUGAUCACCCGCAUCGUCCGAGACUACGACAUCUACGUCCGACGCAACCUGCAGAGAGGCUACACAGCCCGAGAUCUCAACGUUGGAUUCAUUAACGACAAGAAGUACAGACUCCAGAACCAGGUGGACAAAAUGAAAGAGACGGUCCGUACGGUGGAGGAAAAGUCCAAACACUUUGUUUACAGAGUGGAAGAGAAGAGCCAGGACCUGAUCCACAAGUGGGAAGAAAAGUCGCGAGAAUUCAUCGGAAACUUUCUGGAGCUCUUUGGACCUGACGGAGCCUGGCAUGCGAUCCAGGAGCGGAGCGGCCGUAUGCUCCAGGCCCUGUCACCCUACUCCUCACCCCGUGGAUCCCCGAGCAGCAGUCCCACCAGAAGACGUUCAGUUUCUCCUGACUCAUCUCCUGCCUCCGCCUCUAUUUCAAACUCCUCAUCCCCAUCCUCUCUCUCACCUCCUUCUUCUCCAUCAUCUCCCUCUUCUCGUCAAAAGAGGACAAGGGCAUCUCGCAAAGCUGCCUCCACGUACAAAUGAUCAUGUUUCAAUCAUGUUUAUCCUUUUUUUAAUCGUGUCAUAAAUGGUGUAAGGAGGCUAUAAGGCUAUUGAUGAAAAUGAACAGUUUAAAAGGAAGUAUACUUGAUUAUAGGUUGUGUGUAAAAUAUCAUGAUAUACAUUCCUAACUCAAAAGAAGAUGUGCUUAAUUGGGAAAUAAUAAUAAUAUAUAUUUAUCAAUACAGAGAUGAACACUCUCAUUUUGCUUGGAUGAAAUAUUUGUCUUGUAAUUUGUUACUUUGUUAAGGGGAUGUUGAGCAACAUUACCUUACACAUAAGUGUCAUAAAUUGUGUAAGGAGGCUAUAGAGGUUAUUGAGGAAAGUAAACAAUUCAAAAGGAAGUACUUUAUAAAAGGUUAAGUGUAAAAUGAUGUAUAUAAUGUUUUCCCACUCAAAAGAUGUGUUCAAUUCAGUAACACAAAUAUAUUGAUCAAUAUACAGACAAACAAAGAUGGACAUUAAAAUGUUGGUGGGAUCAAAUGUU